AUGAAGGCAACAGUCGCAGCAUUCGUCGCCCUUGCAGGCCUUGCAGCCGCCGAUGGUUGGGAGCAAUGGUCCAGCUCAACCUCAUCCUCGAGCACCACCUCCAGCAGCACCUCUAGCCGUACUGUCUCAAGCACUAGCACCAAGACUACAAGCUCUACCUCGAGCUCCAGCACCACUACCUCGAGCAAGCCUUACGAUCCAUCCAGCACCUGGGGUAACUGGGUUUCCUGCUCAACUCCAGCUGUUUCCACCUCGACCAGCUGCACAACAUACCACAUCGAGACUCAGGGAUACCCAAUCACUUCGUCCUGCACCGCUUUGCUAGUCACACCAACUCCAGUCUGCUCAACCACCAGCUCCUCCUCGAGCUCGUCUUCCACCACCUCCUCAAAGACUACCACUACCUCCAAGCCAAAUACCGCCACCUCAAGCUACAACUGGAACGACUGGACCACCGAGCCUGCUGGUCCUGAUGGCUGGACUACCACCGUCGUGACUGCCAUCACAACCUACGUGCCAAGUGCAACCACCAUCGUCCACGCCGGAAAGACCUACACGAUCACCGCCAGCACAACUUUGACUGUCACUGACUGCCCAUGCACAGUUUCCGUCCCAGUCUGGACCAAGACCUCAACUUCAUGCGACAGCUCGGCUACUGCCUCUACCACCACUCCAAACGGCAACAAGAGCUCUACUUCAAGCGCAUCCCAGACCACUGGUACUCCAAAGGUCACCACCUCUUGCUCAACCCCAGCCGCCGUCACUAGCUGCUCAACAUACCACCUCGAGACCUCAGGUUACCCCGUAACCUCCACCUGCUCCGUCUCUACCCCGUCGGCAGUUUGCAGCACUGUCACUGUUCCAGAUAACAACGGUGCCAGUAGCUGGACCAUCUGGUCAGACAGCACCACUCUUGUCUCCAGCAGCAAGACCCCAGCUGCUUCAUCAUCCACAACCUAUGCUACUGGUGCCAUCACUGGAUCCGCUUCGUGGACCGGACGGCAAUCACCAGAUGCCACCUCCAAGGGCCCAAUUGCCAGCUACACUGGUGCUGCUUCCCACAACGCCGUCGCUGGCUUGGCCGGUGUUGCUGGUCUUGCUGCUUUCUUCCUGUAA